AUGGCCCGUGGGGCCGGAGGACUUCUCGACGGCGGAUUUGUUUUCAAACUCGGCCGACUCUUCCGCACUCCCUACGGCGGCGAAGGCGUCGACUUCAUCGAUCAGCUGAACUAUCAGUUCACCGGUGGAUUAAUACUCAUCUUCAUUAUUAUCAUCAGCCUCCGGCAGUAUGUUGGUAAACCAAUCCAAUGCUGGGUUCCGCCAGAAUUCACUCGAGCUUGGGAGGAAUACACAGAGAACUACUGCUGGGUCUCCAACACGUACUUCCUUCUUCCCCACGAAGACAUCCCAGUCGAGGAGCUGGAAUACGAAAAGAUCAAGUUCAUCGGCUACUACCAGUGGAUGUCCAUCGUCUUGGCUGGCCAGGCAAUGAUGUCCUGGGUGCCCCAUCUCCUCUGGCGAGUUUGCUCUCGUCGUCUGCCCCUGUUGCUCAAGUCGGCCAAAGAGGCCUCUAUUCCAGACCGCGAGCUUCGUCUCAAGGCUGUCUCCUGCCUCGUGGCGACCCUAGAGGAGCAAGCCGAGUCGCAGUCUCGCUUCCGGCGGAUGAAGUCGUUUGUCAAUCGAUGCCUCUGCGGCAUCGCCCCCAACGCCCGACUCACUGUCCUCUUCCUCUUCGUCCGCGGGCUCUUCAUCGCCAACUCCUUAGGCCAGAUCUACCUAAUGAAAUGCUUCACUGGUUUCAACAGCACAUUCUUCGGACUGCAUCUUUUGCAGGAUCUGACGAAAGGCGAGGAAUGGGACACCAGUGGACACUUUCCUCGAGUCACUUACUGCAAUAUCAAAGUUCGCGUAAUGGGUCAACCAAAGCCCGCGAGCUACUCUCUUCAAUGCGUGCUCCCAAUAAACAAUUUUGUAGAGAAGAUCUACAUAUUUCUAUGGUUUUGGUUCGUCAUCCUCUGUUCCCUGACGAUAAUGAGCACCAUCCAGUGGACCAUAAACACACUGAUCCCCGUCCGACGCGUCUAUUACAUCAAGCAGUACCUCAAGGCACUGCGUCUCAUCUCGAGCACGGAGGAGCGUGACUGCACGCGCUUUGUGAACCAGAGUCUCGGAGCAGACGGCAUCUUCAUCCUGCACAUCGUCUCCAAGGUCGCCAGCGACCUGAUCGCCUUGGACGUCACCGCAACCCUCUGGAAGAACUACAGGCAGGCGAAGAUAACGGGCACGGAAGAGGACGUUAAUCGUCUCUUAGAGACAGUAAACCGGGGCUCAAGCGCUGUAUAG